UUUUUUUUUUUUUUUUGUAGAGACGGCGGUCUCACUAUGUUGCCCACGCUGGUCUCAAACUCCUGGGCUCAAGUGAUCCUCCCGCUUCAGCCUCCCAAGGUGCUGGGAUUACAGGUGGAGCCACCGCGCCCGGCAUCGAUAAUCUGAAUCUCUAACGAGCUCCAGGGCGACGUUGAUGCAGCUGGUACGGCGACCACUCUUCGAAAAUCAUUGGUUUAGAGGUUUUAAUUCUGAAUCCAUUGGGAAAAGUGUUGGGCGGACAGAGCACUGCUAACUCCUAACUUUUCUCGGAAACCUGGGCGCUGCUUUCGCCAGCAACUCGGUCCCAAGUGGCGGGCAUAUUCUGUCUGAAAUCGUGUGCACCGCAAUCCCCGCCGUGGGGUGGAGGCUGGCGCUAGGCGGCCUCAGCCUCGGCCUGCUGCGCCCAGGAACCCACGCCCCGGCUCCUCGGCGAUCCAUUGCUCUUUCCGCUGGCGCCGGCCGGAGGCCUCGGUCACGCCCCCAGCGGCCCGUUGGUUCGCGGGUCCCGCGGGGUGCCCCCGCCCACACGCUACGCCUUAAAUUGGGCCAGGCUGAGGCGCUGCUGCUCGAGCGGCCGAUCCGAGACGUGGCUCCCUGGGCGGAAGAACCAUGUUGGACUUCGCGAUCUUCGCCGUUACCUUCUUGCUGGCGUUGGUGGGAGCGGUGCUCUACCUCUACCCGGCUUCCAGACAAGCUGCAGGAAUUCCAGGGAUUACUCCAACUGAAGAAAAAGAUGGUAAUCUUCCAGAUAUUGUGAAUAGUGGAAGUUUGCAUGAGUUCCUGGUUAAUUUGCAUGAGAGAUACGGGCCUGUGGCCUCCUUCUGGUUUGGCAGGCGCCUCGUGGUUAGUUUGGGCACUGUUGAUGUACUGAAGCAGCAUAUCAAUCCCAAUAAGACAUCGGACCCUUUUGAAACCAUGCUGAAGUCAUUAUUAAGGUAUCAAUCUGGUGGUGGCAGUGUGAGUGAAAACCACAUGAGGAAAAAAUUGUAUGAAAAUGGUGUGACUAAUUCUCUGAAGAGUAACUUUGCCCUCCUCCUAAAGCUUUCAGAAGAAUUAUUAGAUAAAUGGCUCACCUACUCAGAGACCCAGCACGUGCCCCUCAGCCAGCAUAUGCUCGGUUUUGCUAUGAAGUCUGUUACACAGAUGGUAAUGGGUAGUACAUUUGAAGAUGAUCAGGAAGUCAUUUGCUUCCAGAAGAAUCAUGGCACAGUUUGGUCUGAGAUUGGAAAAGGCUUUCUAGAUGGGUCACUUGAUAAAAAUACAACUCGGAAAAAGCAAUAUGAAGAUGCCCUCAUGCAACUGGAGUCUGUUUUAAGGAACAUCAUAAAAGAACGAAAAGGAAGGAACUUCAGUCAACGUAUUUUCAUUGACUCCUUAUUACAAGGGAACCUUAGUGACCAACAGAUCCUAGAAGACAGUAUGAUAUUUUCUCUGGCCAGUUGCAUAAUAACUGCAAAAUUGUGUACCUGGGCAAUCUGUUUUUUAACCACCUCUGAAGAAGUUCAAAAACAAUUAUAUGAAGAGAUAAACCAAGUUUUUGGAAAUGGUCCUAUUACUCCAGAGAAAAUUGAGCAGCUCAGAUACUGUCAGCAUGUGCUUUGUGAAACUGUUCGAACUGCCAAAUUGACUCCAGUUUCUGCCCAGCUUCAAGAUAUUGAAGGAAAAAUUGACCAAUUUAUUAUUCCUAGAGAGACCCUCGUCCUUUAUGCCCUUGGUGUGGUACUUCAAGAUCCUAAUACUUGGCCAUCUCCACACAAGUUUGAUCCAGAUCGGUUUGAUGAUGAAUUAGUAAUGAAAACUUUUUCCUCACUUGGAUUCUCAGGCACACAGGAGUGUCCAGAAUUGAGGUUUGCAUAUAUGGUGACCACAGUACUUCUUAGUGUAUUGGUGAAGAGACUGCACCUACUUUCUGUGGAGGGACAAGUUAUUGAAACAAAGUAUGAACUGGUAACAUCAUCAAGGGAAGAAGCUUGGAUCACUGUCUCAAAGAGAUAUUAAAAUUUUAUACAUUUAAAAUCAUUGUUAAAUUGGUUGAGGAAAACAACCAUUUAAAAAAACUGUGUUGAAUCCAUUUAUAAACCAGUAUCACUUUGUAAUAUAAACACCUAUUUGUACUUAAUUUUG